AUGUGUGACAAUCAAUUUAAGAUGGCAGCAGAGAUCACUGCUGAAUUUAAAGAAAAGGCACUCAUGAAAAAAGAGCUGGCUAACAACUUGGCUCAUGUCGACGAAGCAGUUCGGAUUGCGCCCGGUAUCCUCGCCAGAGACAAGCCUUGGGAGAAGCCAGAUGCAGAUGCGUCUCCAGGUGAAGUUAGGAGAGAAGAGGAUCCCACUUCAUCGUCGUCUUACACCCUGGCAAGCGACCAGAGUCUGUACAGCCACCAGGUGGACUCCUGGCUCCGGGGUGGUUUGGCCCCCACAGAGAACAUUGGAGUCCAGCUCCCAAGAUUGCCAUUUGCACAAAGACCAAACUUAGCACCAACGUCAUCGUUAGACCCCACUGGAUUAUGGUACCUCAUGGCGAUGAUCCUGCCACUCUUCAGCAUUAAUACCGGUGGGCAAUGGAGCUGGUGUACACCUGAGACCGUAAUCAAUGCAGGAGAACUACUCCUAGCUCACAUAUCAAGAUUCUGUCACGAAGCGAGAGUCAGUAUACGAAGGGUAGCCACGGAGCAGUUGGCCAGAGACUUCUUUGCUACAAUAAUGGACGUGGUCCUCAUUAUCUACGCCAUCGGCUUUCUCAUAUUAUCAUUAUAUCAGGCAUGCUUCUUUGAUUAA